AUUUUAAAAAGUUGGAUUGUGAAACUUCUUGUCCUCAGUUUUGAUUUUUAUCAAAAAUCAAGGAAAUAUUUGCACAUGAAUGACAUAACAGUUCAUGAUGUGCACAUCAUUACAGGCGUGUGAAAAAAUAUACCUUGACUACAAUGCCACCACUCCCUUGGAGCCGGAAGUUCUUGAAGAAAUCACUCGGACUCUGCGAGAUGCCUGGGGAAACCCAUCCAGCUCUCAUGCGGCAGGGGUCAAAGCCAAGGAAGUGAUUGCGAUAGCUCGACAGAAUGUGGCUGACAUGAUAGGAGCACAACCUUCAGAUAUUAUUUUUACAUCUGGAGGAACUGAGACAAACAACUGGGUGUUUCACAUAGCUACAAGAUAUUUUCACGAAACCUUUGUGAGUGAUAAGAAAUCUUGCCUGCCUCACAUAGUGACCUCCAACCUUGAACACGACUCGGUAAAGGUUGUGUUGCAGCAGCUCGAAAAGCAAGGUCUUGCAGAAGUUUCAUUUGUUCCUGCUUCCAAAUUGAGUGGUCAUGUUGAAGUGGAGGAUGUCAUCAGUGCUAUUCGCCCAACAACCGUUCUCGUUAGUCUCAUGACGGCCAACAACGAGACUGGUGUGAUUCAGCCAAUUUCGGAAAUCUGUAGAGCUGUGAAAAAAUUAAAACGCCUUUCAGGGGAGACAGCUAGGAUUUUACUGCACACUGACGCGGCUCAGGCUAUCGGCAAGGUGAAGGUUGAUGCAGAUGACCUUGGAGUUGAUUAUUUGACGAUCGUCGGUCAUAAGUUUUAUGGUCCACGUACAGGAGCCCUGUAUGUUCAUGGCCAGAGAAUGAUGAGUCCUAUUUUUCCGAUGAUAUUUGGAGGUGGUCAGGAACUGAACUUGCGGUCAGGAACGGAGAAUACUGCAAUGAUAGCUGGGCUUGGAAAGGCUGCUGAACUGGUUCACAAAAACCUGGACGAAUACGAGAAUCACUACAGAGAAGUCCGAGAUUAUUUAGAAGACCAGUUAAAGCUAGAAUUCGGUGAGCAGGUUGUAUUUAAUGGAAAAUUCUCCUGUAGUGAACGAUUACCCAACACAUGCAAUCUGUCUUUUGUUGGAGCCGGCUUAAAAGGUCACAGAGUUCUGUCGAAGACUCAGUAUAUUCAAGCAAGUAUUGGAGCAGCGUGUCACAGCCAGAACAGACCAUCACCCAUACUUCUGGCAAUAGGAGUGCCACAAGAAAUUGCAGAAAAUGCCAUAAGGCUUUCAGUUGGUCGAGAAACAACCCAGAAAGACGUUGAUGUCGUGGUGAAGGAUUUAAAACAGGCAGUAGAGACAAUUUUACAAGAUCAGUGGAAAAAAAAAAAAACCCAAACAUUGAUAAAAGUAAACAGUCUAUCGAGAGUGAUCGAUACCCUGACCUAUUACACCUCAAGACCAAAACACACUGAGUCUGGGUCUGACGAAUCUGGCAGUGUGAAAUUACAGAGCAAAUUCUGUCAUCUGCUGCCAGAUGUGUAAUUUAAAAGUUUAUUUUUGUUUAACGACACCACUCGAGCACACUGAUUAAUGAAUCAUCGGCCAUUGGAUGUCAAACAUGUUGUAAUUCUGACAUUUUUCUUAAUGCAGCAAGGGAUCUUUUAUAUGCACCAUCCUACAGGCAGGAUAGCACAUACCAGUGCACUAGCUGGAAUGAGAAAUAGCCGAUGGGGAUCGAUCCCAAACCAACUGUGCAUCAAGCGAGUGCUUUACCAUAUUACAUUUAGUGUACCAUACUCUCUAGACCCAGACUCAGCUUGGAUAGGGUUUUUGGCCUUCACCAAACACUCUAACACAGCUAACUGUGGCCUGAACCAAUUCAGGAUGCUGAAACUGGUAUUGGUACUCUUACAACAGUUUCUUGUGGAAGAAUUAACCCAGACAUGCAUUGUUACCAAUGUUUAAAAAAUAAUUUAAAAGCUGCACUCGAGGUGAAAUCUGAAAAACAUUUGAAGGGCUGAAAGUUAAAAGAUUGAAUAUUGUUUGCAAUUUGUUUUCAGUUAAUGUUAUGAAUAUGUGUAUAUGUAAUAAACACCAUGAGCUUGUAAA